GACAGGAAACGGAGACAGGAACGCGCAUCGGUCCACAGCUCAGAACGGGAAUGGAAGCGGGAGAGGAACGGGAGGCUCGCUUGUCUCAUCAUCAUCAUCAUCAUCAUCAAAUAUAAGCAAUCUGCACGGGAAGCGAAAACCAGAUUAAGGUGGGAGAGGAGCGGGCAUUCUGUCGCUGGAUUUGCGCAACACAUCAGUGGCUUUCCCCCCAUUGUUACCGUUUCCUUCGGACAAGACAGAAGCCGCAGGAACCGUCGGCUGGUUUGCGACAAUUGAUUGAGGACCUUUUCCAUUCAGAAAUCAGCUUGGCACUGCCACAGAACCAAAGAUGGAGCAGUUUUCAGAUGAGGAGCUGGAUCACGCUGCAGAGGAGGACAGCGAUAAAGAGGACCAGGACCUGGACAAAAUGUUUGGAGCAUGGCUUGGAGAGCUGGACAAACUGACAAAGAGUCUACAUGUAGAAGAUGGGAGACCGGAGAAGGUGCAGAAAGCACCUCUCAGACAAGAGACAAACAUGGCCAACAUGGCCUACCGCUUCUCUGUUUAUAACAUCAACGAGGCUCUGAACCAGGGUGACGCAGUGGAUCUGGAUGCUCUGAUGGCGGACCUCUGCUCCAUCGAGCAGGAGCUCAGCACCAUCGGUAAGCCUAGCACUGCUUCCUCCCGCCUUGGCCUGACAGGGGACACUAAAGUCCGUCAGAAGCCCCCGCCCGGACGCAGUCACAGCACCAAGCACAUGGGCAGCAGCAGUGGAGGGGCGAGCAGCAGCGGUGGCAGCACUAGCAGUAGCACUCGCGCCUCUCCCGCCUCUACUGUCAGGGUGGGCAGCUCCAGCAGCAGACCCACGCUGGCAUCCAACUUCUCUCUGGAUGAUAUCACAGCCCAGCUGGAAAAAGCCUCCCAAAGCAUGGACGAAGCAGCCAGGCAGAGCUCCACAUCCUUCGGCUCUACAGUCUCAGCACCGUACUCUUCCUCCACCAUGCGGCGGCCGACCUCCCAUCAUCAUCAUCGCAGGACGGGGUCGGUGGGUACGGUCACUGAGCAUGAGGUGCGGUCCUUUGUCCAUUCCUCUCGCUCUAGCAUCAACUCGGCCUCUGCCUCCAGCAUGGACUCGCUAGACAUUGAAAAACCCAAGUCUGAUCAGGACGGGUUGCAGGACGGACAGGACCAGCCGAGUUCAGAGCACUCGUAUCUGGACAGGGAGACUUCUCUCAUUCUGAAAAGCAUUGCAGGAAAGCCCUCUCACUUGCUGACCAAGGAGGAACAAGCUGCCAAACAAAAAGCUGAGAACAUCCGGGUAGCUCUGGAAAAGAUAAAGGAAGCACAGGUUAAAAAGUUGGUAAUCCGAGUGCACCUAUCAGAUGAAAGCUCAAAGACUGUGAUGGUGGAUGAGAGACAGACGGUGCGUCAAGUGCUGGACAGCCUGCUGGACAAAUCCCACUGCGGUUAUAGCCUGGACUGGUCUCUGGUGGAAAUCAUCUCUGAACUCCAGAUGGAGAGAAUCUUUGAGGACCAUGAGAACCUGGUUGAGAACUUGUUGAACUGGACCAGGGACAGCACCAACAGACUGAUGUUCAUCGAACGCAUUGAGAAAUAUGCACUUUUCAAGAACCCUCAGAACUAUUUGCUGGGGCGUAAGGAGACGUGUGAGAUGGCAGACAGAAAUAAAGAGGCUCUGUUGGAGGAGUGCUUCUGUGGAAGCUCUAUUAGUGUGCCUGAGAUGGAAGGGGUGCUCUGGCUCAAAGAUGACGGCAAGAAAUCCUGGAAGAAGCGCUACUUCCUGUUACGAGCCUCUGGGUUAUAUUACGUGCCAAAGGGUAAAGCCAAGGCCUCUAGAGACCUGGUUUGCUUCCUGCAGCUGGAUCAUGUUAACGUGUACCUGGGUCAGGACUACCGCAGCAAGUAUAAAGCCCCAACUGACUACUGCAUGGUCUUGAAGCACCCACAGAUUCAAAAGAAAUCACAGUACAUCAAAUACCUGUGCUGUGAUGAUAUCAGAACGCUGCAUCAGUGGGUCAAUGGAAUACGCAUUGCCAAGUAUGGGAAGCAGCUGUAUUUGAACUACCAGGAGGCCAUGAGACGCACAGAGGCCGCUCAUGACUGGUCCUCCCUCUCCAGCUCCAGUAUCAAGUCUGGCUCCAGCUCCUCCAGUCUACCAGAAUCUCAGUCCAACCACUCCAGCCAAUCAGACAGCGGCGUGUCUGAGAUCACAUCCUCUGGUCAUGUGCGCUCUCAGAGUGUUGUCAGCUCCAUCUUCUCUGAGGCAUGGAAGAGAGGCAGUCAGGCAGAUGAACCCAAGGUGAGAAUGGAUGGCCCACCAGCACAGCCUGCUAGAGCCUCUUACCCUCUACAACUUCCCCAACUGCCCCAAUCUCGUAGCAGCUUCAGUGGUGUGUCCCCCUCCUCGCCCCCAUCUCCACCACCACCUCCCCCUCUCCCCAACCCCACGCACCACUCCACCCCGAUUAUGUUCACUAAAUACAGCACCCUCGCUAGGUUGCAAAACAUCUCCCAGGCUCCAAAUCAUUACAAGCAGACCCCCUUAUUGGCAGCACAGCAGCAACCUAUGUCCCCAACACCGCCCCCACAGUGUCUCAAACCUGUAAUGGAUAAUAUGGCAGAUAUUGCCAGCAGUCCUCCUCCACCCCCACCACCUCCUCCUCCAGAGAUGCCACUGCCAGGGUCAGCCAUGGCUGUGUUGAAGCAUGCCCCCCUCAGCCCCCAAUACGUUGCCCUCCCACCUCCAGAGGAUGACCAGCUGCCACCUCCACCCCACCUACACAGCAAUGGCUACUUGCCUCCACCACCACCCCCAGAACAGCUAAAAUACCCACCUCCCCUCAGCACCAAUGGGCUCCAGCAGUUCUUAGCUCAAAAGUUCCCUAAUAUGACCUAUGACUUCUCAUCUGUCCAACAAGAUGAAGAGCCUCCACCACCUCCUCCAGUGUGUUUCUCUCCAACCCCUCAGCAGUCAGGUCCACCUGCCCCACCUAAAACAUUCACUGGUGGCUUUCCACCCCAAACAGCUCCGAAACCCGCCCACGGCAUUUCCCCCAUUUCCCCUGUGCCAACUUCUUUGUCUCCAACCCCUUCGGCCACCAUGAAGAAACAGCAAAGCCUCUCCAGUGGUCACAGCCCCAAUCAACCUCCACCUACCCUUCCCAAGCAAUAUAGCCUUUCUUCCAAAGCUGCAUCUGUAUCUGCCCCCAUCUCUCCCACCCAGUCGCUUGUAAAGCAGAUUGUAAACCAGUUCCCUGGUGCCCCUGAUGGAUCUAAAGGUCCCAUAUCUCCUCCUGUGGUAAAAUCCAAACCAAAAUGGCAGCCAGGAGGGCAGGCUCAACCACUAUCUCCUGAAUUUCCUCCACCCCCACCAGAAAGUACCCUUGAAUUCCCUCCACCUCCUGCUCCAAGUCCCCCUCCUGCCCCACAGCCUUCUGGCAAAAUGGGAUCACCAAUCAAGAAGUCCCCAUCGACGUCAUCAAAUUCUUCUACUGGUUCAGGAGGGAAGAAGCCUCCUCAAACCCCACAGCGCAACUCCAGCAUGAAGUCCACCUCUUCCGUUGAGUACCAGGAGUCCAAGAAAGUGGAGGAUUUGGUUAGCAUGUUUGCCCAAACCAGUCCAGCCCCACCCAGCUCCUUCUCAACUCCAUCCUCUACGACAGGAUCACCUUCCAAGGACUCUUCCACAGGUCCCCCUGCACCACUAAAACCAGGCAAGAUCAAUUUAGCUAAUCUGCCGCUGGCUCUCCAGGGGAAGCCAGGUCAGUAUCAGCAAUCCAGCUCAGACUUCCCCUCUCCUCCUUCCGAAUGUGACUUUCCUCCUCCGCCACCGGACUCAGAACUCCUGCCUCCUCCACCUCUCCCCUCAGAACUGCACACCGGGGCUCCCAGAGUGGCCGUGGUGAACCCUCAACCCCAACACUCCUCCAUCUCCACAUCCUCACGGAAGCAAAGCUCCUUGAAGAAAAUGCCCCAUCCGACUAUGCACCGCCGCAGCAGUGGCCCAACCGAGCCACUUGCCCUUUCUCCAGCUCCUCAACCUAUGCCUCUGUCCUCUUUUAACUCUCAGAUCCCACCAACUUCCCCCAAGGCCAGUCUGUCAGUCCAACCCAACUUCUUGGAAGACCUCAACAGAACUCUCAAAAGGAAGUCCAUGACUCGACAUGGCUCCCUCUCGUCCUCGAGAAUCUCGGCCAAGCUGGAGCCAGUAACCACCAUGGACGAUAUGGCCCUUCCGCCCCCUCCUCCAGAGCUGCUGGGCCAGCAAAAAAAGGGCGGAUACAUGAGCGGCAACAUCUCAGGCUAUGCAACAUUACGGCGGGGUCCUCCGCCGGCUCCACCCAAACGGGACCAAAACACUAAACUGACAAGCGAGUGGUAGUUGGGACAUAUACUGAGUACGGAUAUGCUACUCUCCUUUUCCACUCUGUUUAUUUUCAACAGCUGAAACAUCUGCAUUAAAAUACUACUCAUUUUAACCCCAGAUUAUAACCACAAUAUGAAAAAGCCAAACCAUCUAUACAUAAGGUUCUCUGCAUAUUUGUGCCGCUUUGCUAUUAAGUGUAGCAUAUAUAUUAAAAAAAGAAAAA